GUCUGCAGACUGCUAAGGCUCGUUUGUUGGGUGGAUGUACGUCAUAUGGCACAUGACCUAAAAAGCGGAAGACAGCAAUCAACACAAGAUUAUGUUACGCGUAUAGUUGAGCAAGGCUAAAACAGAGCCAUUAUCAACCUAGGUAACGUUAAAUUAGAUUUUUUGAUGAAACGCUUUGUCUAUGCACAGAUCGCUAUACUUACCAACCGCCCAUGACAUUUCCACGUGCAGUAUAGGAGUAUAACAUAACCUGCACUAGCUAGGUAGCCAUUUAGCAAAGCACUAUUUACCCUAACUAACGUUAGUGUAACAGUUGUUUCGUUUUGAGUAAAACGUGAACAUGGGAUUGGAUGUGGAAGAUGCUUCUCUCAGUUUGGACCACAAACUGCUCCACCUCAUGGACCAGUUGGAGGAUUUGGAGGAGAAAAGAGAGAAACUCAACUCCCUCAUCGAAGAGGGUUGGUUCUCUAUCUCUAAAGCUCGGUACUCCAUGGGGAACAAACAAGUUUCAGCACUCCAGUAUGCCAGUGAGAUGGCUCCUCUUGUUCGCGUUCAUACCAAAGUGGUUGCCUCAGGAGAAGCUGAGUUUCAGACACAAAGGGAAGAAUUUCAGAUUGCAGGUGGAGACGAUGGUGGUGUCACAGUGGAAGACAUAGGUCCGAAAGAGGAAGGCACUACACCCAGCGAAGGACUCAGAAGAAGAGGGCACAAGAAACUAAGUGAACUUGAGGAAGAAGUGUCCAGUGGACAGCAGAAAGAGACAUCACACAAAGCCAAAGCAGGCCGCACUGACCACCAAGAUCCUCUGAAAUGGUUUGGUAUCCUCGUUCCACAAAACCUGAAGCAAGCGCAGUCUGCCUUCAAGCAAGUGAUUGAACAUGCAGCAGAGAUUGCAGCCCUUCAGAGUGCAAUUCUAGCCACCAGGGUUGAGCUUCAGAGGAUGAAGGAAAAACACAAGAGCUCCACAGCUGGAGUAACUGAAGAAUGAUGCUCCUGUUAUAAGAGUACUGCACCAUUGAUUUAUCUGUCCUCUUUCAUUUCCCCCACAGAUAUAAUAACAUGUAUUGUCCUGUCCAGAAAUUAGUGGUAGAUGCCCUUUUACAAUUGUUACAAAGUUGUAUAAAUUGUAGUCAUGUUAUCUGUCAUUUGUAAGUGUUUUAUUUAUUAUCAUGAUGUCACAAGGGUCCAAAUAUCUGUAAUUUAAAGAACAAAAUAAACUAUUUAAUGUUG